UACGGGAGACUGACGGGGAAGCUGCACUCUGUGGACGAGCGCUUUGUUAACGCAAAGCCCUGUCCUGUGUUAGAGAGUAGGCUACAGAUUUCCAGGGACGGCCUACAAUACCAUAAAAAGAAUCGGGAAGUUUAACAGGUGUCGGGGGAGAAGUUUUGUACCAUGCAGGAGGCAGCAGACUCCGCGGAGCCCGCAUUAGCGCUGCCCAUGGGAACCGGAGAGUUCACCGAGCAGCAGAUGGGACUCGCCGACAAGAUCCCGCUAGUGAAGCCCUAUUUCAAAAAGAAACACGCGCCGAGAAAACUGGACGCCAAAUGCCUGCGCGCGUUACAGGAUCCUAUUUUGAGCACGUUAUUAAGCUCGGACGCUCUCGUAUCAGGGGACGGGGUGUUUGUUCCGCGAAACCCGCCUCGACCCCAGCGGAAUAUAUGUACCCCCGCCGUGGAGAAGCAGUCGAGGAUUAGUCAGGUGUGUCUGAAGGAGGACGCCGGGGCAGAGGAGGACAGCGCCGUGUCUGGGCUAAUGGCCGUGGACGCGGAAGCUGAAGUGACCGUGAGCGAGCUCGUGGUGGAACAGAAGGUGACGGGUAUUCAGCGCGUGACAAUAGACGCUAAUGAGCGACGCUUCCAGCCCCAGGAACCCGACGUGGCGGCGCCCUCCUCUAACGUUUCGGGCUCGAAGUUAAAUGACAUCUACACCGCUGAGACCUUGCAGGGUGCAAAUUGCCUCGCCAUCAAAGAGGGCUCGCUGAAAGGCGAGAUCUUUCAGGAUAAAAGCGAGGAGGCCUCUUUGGAUCUAGUGUUUGAACUUCUAACACAGCUACAGUAUCACACGCAUCAAGGGGACGCGGUAUCGAUCUGUGUGGAUUUCCUCCAGGGCGUCUGCGUCUAUGGCAGUGACUGUGCACAGCAUCACACUGUGUUACCUUACUACUGGCAAAUCCGCAGAGCAGACACACAGAUCUGGCAGAGUAUAUCAGAUGACUCUCAAGAACAACUGGAAAGGCUUUAUUGCAAUCCGGACAACGAACAUGUCAGACUUAAGUUUCUGGGUCGAGUGUUUACAUUGGACUUCAGUGCCAUGCGAGUUUGUGACCUGGAGUUUGACCUUGUAAGACGUCUGUCCACGCCCUCCAGCUCCACAGACACACCCACGAAUACAAACCCCACGCCCAACUGCUUGACCGUGUGGAAGUACUACUGUAGAGAUAACUUUGGCUGGAGGGAAUAUUCAGAGCCAGUGGUUCGGUUGAUCGAGGAGGCUAGUGGCCGAGGUCUGAAGGAGGUCCGUUUCAUCACACUGCAGAACCAGUACAUAUUAAACAUUCAUGAGGGCUUCCAGCAAAAUGCAGUUUUCGGUUUCCGGCGACAAAUCAAGAAGCGGCCGCUGUUCAGGUCCUCCAUUAUGCUCACGCCUUACCUCCAGACUCUCGGUGGCCUUUCCUCAGCAUUUCUCUCCUCCUUGGAAAGUUCUGGAAGCCAGCCUCUCUCUCCUACAACAAGCACUCCCUCAAAAGUGUACCCUGAGACCUGGUUACCCAUGAACGGCAGUCAGGACUUCCUGCAGGUGCCCGUCUCCCGGGAUGACCGCAGUUACCGGACCGUCUAUAGCCUCUUCCACAAGACUGUUUCCGAGACCAAAUUCCGCAUACUCAAGAUUCUCCGUGUCCAGAACCCAUUCCUCUGGGAGAAGUACAAAAGGAAAAAGGAGUACAUGUCACGGCACAUGUCGGAGAUGGACCGCAUGCUGAAUGAGCGGCACCUCUUCCACGGCACCUCUCAAGAUGUGGUGGAGGGCAUCUGCAAGCACAACUUCGACCCUCGUGUCUGCGGCAAACACGCCACCAUGUUUGGCCAGGGAAGCUACUUUGCACGCAAGGCCAUCUACUCCCACAACUUCUCUAAGCGCUCGCCCCGUGGUGUGCACUACAUGUUCCUGGCCAAAGUCUUGACGGGCAAGUUCACGCUGGGCAACCCUUCCAUGCGCCGACCACCCCCUAUGAAUCCAAGAGACCCCUCCAGCGACCUCUUCGACUCUUGCGUAGACAACUGGAUGGACCCGCAGAUCUUUGUUAUCUUUAACGAUGAUCAGAGUUUUCCUUACUUCAUCAUUCAAUAUGAAGAAGUUGGCAAUACAGUGGCUAUUUGAAGAGCAUGGUACGUGUGGAAAGCUGUACAUGAGACCUAUGGGCCCGAUCAGCCAGUUAGAAAAGGGAGAGGAGUGGCUGUGUGCCUGCACUCUGAAUGGAACUCAUGGACCGUGUGGAAUACUUUGGGAUAUUGAGAGCGUGGGAGUAACAACCAGUUUCCCGCCCUCAGUCCUGCUGUGUGUGAGGGUUUACGUGUGACCAUUUAGUGCCCAUCUUCUCAUACCCCUGGUGAAUACAAAUGGGGAUUGUUAUCGUCCCUACUCUGUGCUGGACAGUUUAAUGUGUAAAUCAUGUAUGCGGAUAAAUCUCUGCUGUGGGAUAGGAAUCCGUGUUUUAAAGAAGCCAGUAGAUGGCUUGCCACUUGGACUUGAGAGGCUGUUGUUGCAGCUUUACAUAAUAAUCUUUUUCCAAAUGACUCAUUGCUGCCAUUACCGUUCAAUACCUAAUUUGUUCGAAGUUGUAAAUACGUUCUCCUUGUUUAUAUUUGAACUGUGUGCCUUUUGUUCAUAAAAAAAUUGUUUAUUUAUGUUAGUCAAUGUAAC